AUGAUGACUGGUUAUUGGUCAAUACUUCUUUUCAUACUUAUUCAACAAUCUACCUCACUAACAUUGAGAAGCUACAUAUCUUCGAAAGGGCUUCAUGGUACAAUAACCUUCACGAAACUCAAAGAUGAAGUGAUAAUAACCACCGAUUUGCAAGCGACGUUGGAAUAUCCUAGUCAAAUAUGGUCUUGGUUCGUCACCGAAUUCCCCGUGGAUUAUUCCACCGUGGAAGACCGCUGUCAGAAUUUAGGCAAGACUCUAAUCAACAUGCAAGAGGUGUUUGGAUAUUUAAUUAUACCCGACAAUCAAACGAGCCAGCAUGUCACGAAAGAUUUACGCGUAGACGGAGAUAUGGGCAUUUACGGUAAAAGUCUUUUAUUCAAAAACAGCGACACCGAUCAAAUUAUCUGCUCGUCGAUCGUCAUGAUCGACAAAACGAACGAAAAAGUCGCCGUAGCCCGAUUUAACAGCCCCGUCGCUGGCAACGUUUACUUCCGGUGGUUCUCGACCAAAGAUAACCAAAGCGAUCUUCUGAUCACGACUGAUCUCUACCACGUUUACAACAAGGAAAACGCCAGCAGGUUUGUGAAAUACAGCGAACAUUCCUGGAAGGUUUACACCACCGAUAUAUUCGAUUCGGACGAAAACAGGCACGUCGAUAACUGCAACAUUCUGCAAUUAGUUUACGAUCCCGAUGGCAAAGGCGAAGGUAAAUCCACGGGCGAUAUCGAUUACAGAAUAGGCAAAGUUAAAGUAUCCGCCGAUCACACCAAAAACAGAUACAAAACUUUAUUUAGAGAUGCUGAACUGGCAUCAAUGUCUGACGAAUUGAGCGGAUCACAGAGAAGACUCUACUUGGUUCUGUUCGAAACAAAACACGAAGACACCUUCUUAGCUUGCGCCAGAAUCCAGUACUACAACCCUGUAAACGCAAGAGUCGUCAUCCAAUCGGGCGGCAUCAAAGGCGACAUACAAAUGACCCAACGCACGAAAUUCGAACCGACUUUCGUGAAAUUCAAUCUGACAACUGCCAGAGGAGACGUAGAAACCAGAAUCGUGUACAGCUCCACGGUGUCCGCCUACAAAAUCCACGAGUUACCCAUCAAGCCCUUCCCCGCAGGAAACGAGAUCGAAAAUUCCUGCUUGACCACCAAUUUCGUGUACAAUCCGCAGAGCGUCAACCUGAACAACGUUCCCCCCAACGGGUUCGGUACUCAAGACCAGUACGCCAUCGGCGACUUAUCCGGCAAGCUCCUGGGAAGAAACAACAACAAUUCCACUGUGAACGGCGGGCAAGAACUCACCGGACCUUACUGGGACACUUACCUACCUCUGGAAGGACCACAUUCCAUCAUUCACAGGUCUUUGGUUAUUUACAAAUAUACUCAGUACCGCUCGUCCGAGUUGAUAGCAGAGCCGUGGAUCUGCGGCGAUGUGGUACUAUACGAGGCGAAUUUCAAAUACGCCAAGCAAAUUUUCACGGCCCAAGUGGUGUUUCGGUACCCGCUGGUGGGCAGGGUGCUGCUCAGGCAGGCGAGGGACGAGCCCUGGGCGGACACCAGCUUGCUGGUGGAGUACCUGGUGCACGCCGACGGGGCCGCUCUCAACAAUUCCGCCGGUCAUCGCUGGGCGAUACACCAGCUGGCGCCUGGGAAGGAUUUCUACAGCUGGAAGGAACGCUGUUUAAGCGCUGGAGAUGUUUUCAAUCCGUACAAGGUGGAGGAUGGUAAUAAAACCAACAAGUGUAGUUUGGACGAUGUUGGGCUUUGUAGAAUGGGUGAUCUUUCGAUUAGGCAAGGGACGUUAGAUAUUGCUGGAAGAUUAGUUGAUAGCGAUAUGGUUUCGAGGAAGAUGUGGACUGAUUCUUUAUUACCGCUCAGCGGAUUUCACAAUAUCCUAGGGAAAUCCUUGGUGAUUUACGAUGACCACGGUCCCAAAGCUAGAGGUGAAAGAUUAGCGUGUUCAACUAUCAGCGGAGUGUACAGAAGAAAAGCCGUAGCCCGCGACUGGUUCCCCAACGGUUUCGAUCUUUCCGUUAAAGGUAAAAUCGAAUUUCUACAGCAAACCGAAUACGACAUUACCGACAUCGAAGUGAAUUUAGAAGGACUUACCUUCCUAACCGGCUACCACAUUCACAUGACGCCAGUAGAGGAAGAUCUAGAAUUUCCCUGCGAAUCGACCACUUUGUACGAGACUUGGAACCCUUUCAACGUGGAUUCCACGUCGUCCCCGCGGAGCUACCGGGGCACCCCCGACCAAUACGAGGCCGGCGAUUUGAGCGGAAAAUUGGGGAACUUGCAAAAUCGCACAGUCGAUAAAAGAUUCUACAACGAUACUUUACUGACUUUGUUCGGCCCAAAAAGCAUCCUCGGAAGGUCCAUAAUUAUUUACAGAGAGAACAUAAAACGUUGGGCUUGCUCCACCAUAGAAAGAGGCUACAGCGCAUCGGAAGCUCGAGAACUUAGAGCUAUAGCAUCGUUUCACAAUCCGAUGGGAUUUGUCUUCGGGUAUGCUAAAAUGAGACAAUUAAUUCAUAAAGACGGUAGUGCAAGUGAUACUACAAUCGAACUGAAACUUCGGUAUCCAGGGAAAAAUGAUAGAAAUAAAACAAGAAACCACCUUUGGCAAAUCUUCGUUAAUCCAGUGGGAGUGGACGCCACAGUGAAAAGUACAAGUGCUAGAUGUGUGGCAGGAGGUUACGUUUGGAAUCCAUAUUACACGCAAUUGGCUGAUCCUCUCAACGAAGACCUCUAUAGACAAGAAUGCGGCCCAGAGAACCCUCUGAGAUGCCACGUAGGCGAUCUAUCAGCUCGACUGGGAACAAUAGACAUUGGUCUACGCAGGAAGGUUUUCACCGACUCCAAUUUCCCGCUGGAAGGAGACGUAUCAGCUGUGGGAAAGUCUAUUGUUAUUUUCGGACCGGAAAAGAGCCCCUUGAGAUUCGCUUGCGCCAAUAUCGAGCCCGAUUACGAUAUCAUUAAAUACGCUAAUAUUGAAAAACCGCCUCGUUUUGUCGUAGCUCAAUUCAUCGAAGAUGUCCGCGAUGUUAUGGGAAUACCCGAAUGGUUCUUAACAGUGGAUAGCAGGAAAACUAAAUCAUUGCACAACGAUGCUUGCGUUCAGUUAUUGCUACACUUUAAGGGUCCGAUUUCCAGCAGAAUAGAGCAGGAUUUCAAUAGAUUAAUGACGACAGGUAGACUGGAUUCUCCCAGCUUGUACAUACCCGGAUUUAUAGACGAGAAGAGAAAAGUUAAAAUUGCCUAUAAGCUGUGCGGUACCAAAGAUCCCAAUGAAAAAAGUAGAAAGAGAAACAGCUUCUUUUAUAGAUCACAUUCUAAUAGGUUACAUUCGACUGGUAAAUUAAUUAUAUUUGUUUCUUUAUUGAUGUUUUAUUUGUUGAAAUAA